AUGUGGUUCGGGUGGUGGUGCGAGGUCGAUUUCUGCUCGUGGUUUUCUGCGCGGUUUUGCGGGUUGCGGAAUUUGCGGGUUUCGCGUUGUUUCUGCGACGAGGGAGGAAGGGAGUCUGGGUUCAUCGGAGCACCCGGUGCUGUGGCUGGGGGUAAUCGAGUCAAGCGCGGCUGUUGGCGGCAGAAGCCUCUUCGCUGCUCGCGAGGCCGCACUGGCCUGGAUCGCAGCUGCCAGCGAAGGCGCUCCUCCAGAGUCGGCCCUGUCCGCGCGCCAGCACGGUGGUGCCCGGCAAGGACUGUUUUGAUGGGCCCAGCAAAGGGUUCUCGAACUAUUAACAAGACCAUAGUAAAAGGAUAUGAAGAUCAACAGCAGCAUGAUGAUCCAUCUAGUUCAAGCAAAGCUAAACAGAAAAAGAAGAAAAUUUCAGACUUAGAUCCCAAAUGGAGCAAGGAUGAACUUACAAACUUUUAUGAAGCCUACCGUCAACAUGGGAAGGACUGGAAAAAGAUCAGCGUAGCGGUAGGUGGUAAGUCAUCAGACAUGGUGCGGUCUCUUUACACUUUACAUCGGACUUUCUUAUCUCUUCCAGAACGUGAAGCUACUGCCAUGGGAUUUAUUGCGCUGGUGACUGGUCAUCACAAUGCUUCGGAGAAAACCACGAGUCAUAGAGGAUAUGAUCACAUAGUCAGAGCAUCUGGAAAGGCAAGGAAACAUGGAGAACAACAGAAAUCAAUUGAUGGACCUGACCCACACAACUGUCAUGAAGGGAAAAUUUCUGGAUUUUCAGCUUCCUUCAAAAAACGAUACUAUGGCGAAUUGGCCAGGAACAACCGAAAUCAUGCUGUUAGGAGGCGUACUCCUCGUAUACCAGUUAUAGCUCCUGCAAACAGGAGUACCAUUGAUGAGGCCACACCAGGAAUUGAAAACGUCAUCAAUUCUACCAAGAGAAAAUAUGAAGCAGCUAAUAACGACUGUGCUAUUGUUCCAACAAAUGAGUACUCUCCGGACAGAGUUUCUGGCUUUGCUGAAGCAAACAAGGCUGGUCAAGAUUUUAAGAAAACAAGAAUUCAGCAAACUAUGGCGGAAGGUCAGACUGGUAUAGUUGAGCAUGAGACAACGGUGGCAUCUAAAGAAGGGAAUAAGCUAGUUGAUUCACUAAACAACAAUCAGAUACUUAUCGACAGUAUUUCUGAAGAUGAUAUGUUGGUCUUGGAUGUAUUGAAUAGCCUGGUGAAUGCACCCUCUAAAAUAUCAAAACUAGAGAUUAAUAUUCCUUCAGGUUCACUUGGGAAAACUGACUCUGCGUUAUCUCACAGAAGGGAGGAAGACCACCCUAUCAUUGAUGUAUCUAAACAAGGGAAGCCAGUUGGUAAAUCCAGUGCUUCCGAGACUAGGAAGAAAAAACAUAAGAAGGACGCAGAGGUGCCUGCUGAAGCACAAAACAUUUGUGGUAAUAAUUUAGUCCUGCCGGAAACACUGAGGGUUGGUAUCACUGAUGAUUCUUUCUUGUGUACUGACUCUGGAAGAGUGGGGAUGCCAGAAGCAUCUGAAGAUAUUUCUGCUGAAGUCCCCAAUGCACAAACGGAAACCAAGCCUGAAGUUAGAAUGUCUGGAAGGACCAGACGGAAAUCUCAAAUGCAUUGCAAAACAAAGCAUAUGUCAUGCAAUGAAGGUUCAGAUAAUUUACAGGCAAAGAAAUUGCUGCACUGUUUUUCAUCCCAACCACUUCGUAGAUGGUGCACAUAUGAGUGGUUCUACAGCGCAGUUGAUUAUCCAUGGUUUUCAAAUAAUGAGUUUGUGCACUACUUAGAUCAUGCAAAAUUGAGUCAUCUUUCAAAGUUGACUAGAUCAGAAUGGAGCGCAAUUCGGAGCUCCCUUGGUAAACCACGGCGAUUUUCAAAUAAUUUUCUGGCUGUGGAAAAAGAAAAACUUGAGGAUUAUCGUGAGCAAGUUAGAAAAAUCUAUGCUCAACUCAGUAAUGGUUUACGGGAUUCUCUACCUGCAGACCUAGCUAGGCCAUUUUCAAUUGGUCAGCAGGUUAUUGUUCGUCAUCCAAGUUCUAGGGAACUUUGUGAUGGCAAAGUGGUGAUGAUGGGGCUGGAUUGUUACAAGGUCCAUUUUGAUGAUCCUGACCUUGGUGUUGAUAUUGUAAAGGACACUGAUUGUAUGCCAGUUAAUUGGCUGUAUAAUCGUCCUGACAACAUGAGAAGGAGCUACCUUUCAAAUAAUGCGUACAGCAUACUGGAGAUGGAUCACAUUCCUGACCUUACACCAAGUGAGAACGGGGACCAUGCUGUAAAUGGAGCUACUGUACUUGAGGGGCUCAAAAAACUGCGUUUAACAUCAGAUAUACAGCCUAAGGCAGAAUCUAUUGUAAAUAAUGAAAGACCACCACAUAGGAGUACAUCUGAUGGCCCUACAAAAUCAUCUAGAGAUUGCCCAGACAAUAAUGCUGGUCACAACGAUGAGCUAGAGUCAUUUAUAGCUGCAUUUGUAGAAAGAUCACUAUCACAAGCCAGGCAGAUGGUUGAUGAAGAAAUGCAGGCAAACUCUGGAGGUAGAGACGAUGAAAAGUUACGCAUGUCAAAUCAAGCGACAGGUUGUGUAGGCACAGGUUCUGAAUCUGCUCGUAGCACGCAACAUCCAUCUGACCUGAUAUCAAAAUGCAUCGCAACGGCUCUUUCAAUCAAGCGCCUUAGCGACUCGUGGCAUGAAUUUGAUAGCAUAGCAGGCGUCUUGGAGCAUGCUUUGUCAAUGCUGCGUCCAAGCUAUCCAGAGAACCUCGCAGUCUACGAAGAAAUAAAGAGAUUCAUCGGUAUCAUAAGGAGCCAGAUAUUUGCACGUGUGCCAACAGCAUUGGGCAAUUGCAACCCUCCUGUCUCUCCCAUGUAA